AUGCUUCCCGGGUUGCUCCUGUUAGCGGUGAUCCUGUGCGUCCUGACGAUCUCGUCCUAUUGGGCGCAGCGAUUGCGCUGGGCCGAUGGAAUCCCUCGGGCCGUAGCUACCCACCGGUGGCUUGGAAACGUGGGUGAUUUCCUUGGGAAAACGCCCGGUGAAGUGUUCCUGGUGCUCGAUCGACACUUUCGGCAGCACAAUCGUCUGUUCACGAUGCGCUUUGGACCACAGCUAGCCAUUGGUGUCACGCAUCCGGAUCUCAUCCAGAAAGUGCUGACCCAUCCGGACUGCCAGGCCAAACCGGACUUGUACAAAGUGGUGCGAUUACCGAACGGACUGUUGGCGGCAAAAUAUGACGUGUGGAAGGCACAUCGGAAAGCGCUCAAUUCCACGUUCAAUGCGCGGAUCCUCGAGAGCUUCGUGCCCAUCUUCAACGAUUGUACACGGCGGUUAGUAGGAAGGCUCGAUCGCUACGCUCAAACCGGCGAUCGGUGCAACAUCCUCGAGUACAUUUCGGCCUGCACGCUCGAGAUGAUCAGCCGUACCUCGCUUGGUGGCAGGGUGCUUGAGCGCGAAGGUGCCAACCAAUUCAUCGCCAACCUGGAAGUGGCACUCAAAACGAUCGGUGUACGAAUAUUCAACAUUUUCAUGCACAUCGACCUGCUCUAUCAGCUCACCGCGUUGUACCGCAACGAGAUGCGAGCGAUCGGCAUUUGUCAGCAGUUCACGAGGAAGAUCAUCCAAGACAAACGGGAAGAAAUCGGACGGCUUGAGCGUGCCGAUGAAAACGCAAACGACCCGGCGGAUGAGCCGUACGGCAGAAAGCCGCAAAUUUUCAUCGAUCAGCUCAUGAAGAUGCCUCUGACGGAUCCGGGAGCGCGUCACUUCUCGGACGAGGAAAUCUCCGACCACAUCUACACGAUGAUCGUCGCGGGUAACGAAACCUCGGCAACACAAUUAGCACAUGCCUGUCUGCUGCUGGCCAUGCAUCCCGCAGUCCAGGCCAAGGCAUACGCGGAGGUUAGUGGGUGCGUUUUUUCACCCGAUCAAGAGAUCACGAUCGAGCUGAUGAAAGACCUGCCCUACGUGGAGUGUGUGCUGAAGGAGUCGAUGCGCUUGAUGCCGGUUGCACCCAUCAUUGGGCGCCAGAACCGGACCGAACUCGUGCUCGAUGGCCAUCGAAUACCGGCCGGGAGUGUGUUUCUGUUCCACUUCUACGCACUGCAUCGUCGCAAGGACAUCUGGGGACCGACGGCGGACGAUUUCGAUCCGGAUCGAUUUCUUGCGGAUCAGGCUGGCCAACGGCAUCCGUACGCCCAUCUGCCUUUUAGUGGAGGGCCACGUGGUUGCAUUGGCUACCGGUACGCGAUGAUGAGCCUAAAGACGCUGUUGGCGCAAAUCCUGCGUAGCUACGAACUGACGACGGACCUGCGUUUCGAGGACAUUCGCUACCAGUACCAGAUCUCGCUGAAUCUCGCCUUCCCGCAUGAGGUGCGGUUGCGUCGACGAUCCUAACCAGCAGCUUUAGAAGGGCAACUUAAAAGGGUAGCCGUACAACAAAAGGGGUAUAUGGGAUCGACUAGAAAUAAAACGAAAGCUUCU